GUCGUCGACUGACAUCUCGAUCUGAACAGAAAAAAGUUGAGGAGCAAAAUCCUUCAAUUAUUGUUCGCGUUUUUGCCAAGUUUCACCAAUCAUUUCAGAUAUUUCAUUCGAAGUAUUAAAUCUACUGUCUAUUCCGUUAUGAGUCAUGUGGCCCCAGGUAACUUUCAAGCUCUAGACCAGCGGUUCGCUGGUCUGGACUUGAAUCAGGGCGCCGUUAACCCUCGCGGCGUCGAUCCUAAGUCUCAACAAGAACGAUACGUGCCUCCUCACCUUCGUAGUAGACCAGGUCCUCCUCAUGGUAGAGGGGGGUACCAUGAUCAUGGCUACAACCAGCCAAGGGACUUUCAACCCAGAGAACCCUACAGAGAUGGGUAUUACCAACAGCAGCCAAACUUCUAUGGUGGGUAUCCUCCACGAGGGGGUGGACGUCCAUACUAUGGGGGAGGAGGACAGUACUAUGGUGGAGGCAGAGGAGGAGGAAACAGCUGGAGAGAGAGGGGUGACAACCGAGGUCCUCCUCCCACCAGAGGAAGUGGCAAUGACUACAACAGAGCGACUCAGCCACCACCAGAAGAUUGGUCUAAGCUGUUGCCCAAGAAUGACCGCAUUGAAAGAGAGCUUUUCAACAAGCACAACACUGGAAUAAACUUUGAUAAGUAUGAAGAUAUUCCUGUGGAAGCCACUGGACAGGAUGUCCCUAAAAACAUUGAGUCGUUUACAGACUGUGAACUAGGGGAAAUCUUGUGCAACAAUGUUGAGCUGGCUAAUUAUACCAAGCCCACUCCAGUUCAAAAGUAUGCAAUACCUAUUGUGAAGAAGAAGAGGGACUUAAUGGCAUGUGCCCAGACCGGUUCUGGGAAGACUGCUGCCUUCUUGAUUCCAAUUCUCAGCAGGAUUUUUGAGGAGGGUCCUCCUCCCCUACCUGAUGCCCGGCAUCAGGGUCGCCGAAAGCAGUUUCCACACUGCCUGGUUCUGGCACCCACCAGGGAACUGGCUUGUCAAAUCUUUGAGGAAUCUAGAAAGUUCUCUUACAGGUCAUAUGUGCGAGCCUGUGUUGUUUAUGGUGGAGCUGAUAUUGGUGGCCAACUGAAGGAACUGGAUCGUGGCUGCCAUCUCCUGGUGGCAACACCUGGUCGUCUUGUUGACAUGUUGGACAGGGGACGAGUAGGGCUGGACUCUUGCAAGUUCCUUGUUCUGGAUGAGGCUGAUCGUAUGUUGGACAUGGGAUUUGAACCUCAAAUCCGCCGCAUUGUUGACCAGGACACCAUGCCUAAAGCUGGUGAACGACAGACACUUAUGUUCAGUGCCACCUUCCCCAAGGAAAUUCAGAUGCUAGCUAGAGAUUUCCUGGUGAAUUACAUCUUCUUAGCUGUGGGGCGUGUGGGUUCCACAAGUGAGAACAUCACACAAAAAACAGUGUGGGUUGAUGAAUAUGACAAGAGGUCAUUCUUACUGGAUCUGCUGAAUGCUUCAGGUCCCAAGUCUCUGACAUUGGUAUUUGUGGAAACCAAAAAAGGAGCUGAUGCUUUGGAUGAUUUUCUUCACAGUGAGGGCUGGUAUGCAACCUCCAUUCAUGGUGAUCGCUCUCAGCGGGAGCGAGAGGCAGCUUUGGGGUCCUUUAAGUCUGGCCGUACACCAAUCUUGGUAGCUACAGCUGUUGCUGCUCGUGGCUUGGAUAUUCCAAAUGUGCGCCAUGUGAUCAACUUUGACAUGCCAACUGAUAUUGAGGAGUAUGUCCAUCGCAUUGGACGUACAGGCCGUGUGGGACAUACUGGCUUAGCCACUUCAUUUUUCAAUGAGAAGAAUCGGAAUGUGGCCAAGGACUUGGUUGAGCUGUUGAGUGAGAGCAGGCAGGAAGUGCCAAGCUGGCUGGAGUCUAUUGCCUUUGAGAGCCACCAGAAUUCAGGCAGGAGCCGUGGAAGGAGCAGGCACUCAGCUGGUGGCUUUGGGUCCCGUGAUUACAGGCAGCAGCCUCAUCACCGUGGGGGUGGGGGUGGAGCCCACUAUGGUUAUGGGGGAGGAGCAGGUGGUUACUGGAAUCCAAACCGCUAUUCUGGUGGCAACGCUUCUCAGGAUUGGUGGAACUAGCUGCUACAUGGCUUUCACAACAAGUUCUUGUCUUUUCUUUGUUUGUUGAUAUUACAGGAAUUUACUGCAUUUGUUUUGCCUUCGAUGAAAUAAGUUAAAUUUGGGACUGUUGCAUUGGCAAUAUCUGGCAUCAAAUAAAGCAUCUUUGAGUGAUUGGUGGAAUGUUGUUGAAGAAGACUGGUGAUGGAUUUCAGUCUCAGUGGUUUGCAGUGUGGAUCGUCACUGUUACAGGUCAGGUGACUGUGAAAGGUCUCUGGCUGUGAGGUCAAAGCACAUGAAAAUGUGCAGUGUUAUUCGAUGUUGAACUCUCUCAACUGUUCAUGAUUUUUAAGAAACUCUUUAAGGAGCACCAUGGAGAAAGUCAGUUGGCUUACUCAGUUUGUUCAGACUGUUGCUUACUAACAUGCCAUUUAUCUCCUGUUGUUGUUGGGUUGUUGUUUUUUAAGUAUGGUCAAGAAUUACCAGUCCAAGUUGUUGAAAUGUCAAGUUCAAGCAACACAUGAUAGAAUAGGCAGAUUAUGGAACACAACAAUCUGAGUAUUUAUAUAUCUUUGGCGACGCUAUGAAAGUUAUGUUUAAGGUUGUUCUAUGCAUAGUGACACAGAUAUGAUAGUCAUCAACUUGAAGUUUAUUUGAACCAAGAGAUCUUAUAGGGGGCCACUUGUAGAGGCAAAAAAGAUCCGAAGUUUUAUGAAAGCUCCAUAUUGAUAGUUUGAACUUGGCCAUUGUGUAAAGGUCCAAGUUUACUUGUGGCUACUUUCAGAAAUUUUUGUUUUAUUUCCUGCUCAGUGAAAAAAGCUUUUCUCUGCACUCUAAACCAUUGAUUUCCAACAGCUCUUAAAUUUUUUUUUCAGAUUAUUAUCAUAACUAGCUUAUAAUGUGUUACACAGUAAAAGAAAAUAUAGUUGAAUUAGUAACCUCUGUGUAACGUACCCCUCCCCUCCAAAGGAGAACCAUAUCUCCGUGUGGGGGAGGAUACGGCUACACUAAGGCUAUUGAAUUAGUUGCAAUUACAAGAAACAAAGUGGAUAAAGGUAAUCAUAGUGGACUCCACAAUUUAAGAUACAUCCCAGUUAACUCAACAUGGAUAUUUUAGUAUGAGUACAUAUAUACCUAUUUACAAUACCAUUAGGUUAAACGUUCAAAUCAGUUCAAAUGAGUGUUCUCCUCCAGGGAUUCAAAUGCACUCAAAAAAAUGCUGCAUCUGAAAAUCUCUUGUAUUUAUAGGUGACCAUGGCCCUUGUCACAAAUUUCUGAAUUUAUACUGAAAGAAAAUGUAAUAUAUCUUUAAGAAUUAGUUUAGAAACUUGCCAAAAAAAAUAUCUAAUUAAAAAAAAAAUUAUGAGAAGGACACUUUGUGAACAUCAAGAGAACUGUUCACAAGGUUAUAGUUGUACAGUAGUUACUCAUUUCUUUGGUUGAAGAAAGAAACAGAUAGUUUUUAUUGUAAAUUUUGAGUUUCACAGUGUGUAUAAGGGCCAUUUACAAACACAUUUUAGUCAUACUGAGAUAAUGUUAUUUUGUAAUACUACAGUUGUCCACUGAAGAAUUGUUUUGUAAUAUUGCAACCAUCUGCUGAACUAAGAAAACUUAUGUCGCCAAAAUAUUUAAGAAUCUCAUAGUAAGUAUCAGGAGAGAAGUGUUCCCGUUUUGAAAAAAAGCACUAAUUCUUAAACAAGUAAUUUUAAAAGAUAUUUUAUUUACAAAAAUCUUGCGUGGUUAUCUAAAUGCAUUGUCAUGCAAGCAAAAGUGAGCAAAUUUCCAUUCAUGAAGUCCAAGUGAAAUAAGUUUUGUAUGGACAUGAGAUAACCAGCAUCAAGUAGUCCAGAAGUAAGUGGAAUUGAUCACUAGAAAAGAAAUAGUUGUUUAAGUUGGAAAGUCGUUGUGACCAAAACUUAGCCUAUUUUGAUAUUUGAUGACGAUCAUCUUGGAUUAGGAAUUUGCAGCUUGUGAAACUGUUGAUACAAAAGCUGAGAACAUGUAAUUUAUUCUGAUGAUCUGAAUUUUUGGUGCAUUGCAGAAACGAUAAGAUGGGAAACGUUUGUUUCCCUUUUCUUUUUAUAAAUGUGUCAUCAGUUAGUAAACAACUUUGGGUUAGGGUAUGGUUUUCAAUGCAAUCAUGCUUUGAUGCAACUCUAAAUUCUUAAUCAUAGUACUGUUAACAGUAUCUAAGAUAUUUAUUUUCUUUGAUGAACGGGAAAAGAACAGCAAAGGAAGUUAUAAACCAGGCCACAGCAAGUAGCCUUAUGAAAAUGUAUUAUUUACAUAGACCUUAAGGAAAUCUUAACGUAGCUAUAAUUUUGAUCGAAGCUAACUUUGUUCCAUAGGUGCUUGCGUGUUGCAUAGAAGAAUUGCGUGACAGCUGGUUGUCAUGUUAUCACCUACAACCUUAUGACAACAUUCCUAGCUUUUGAAUUCAGGCUGCUUUGGAACAAAAUUAACUUAAAUCUCACUAGUUAACCUCACAAAUCUAUGAAUUGUGCUCUUAGAAGGCAGCAUGUUUGAUCAAGACAUGCUGUCCAUGCAGUAACUUGAAUUCAUUAUUUUAAUUUGUUGUUUUAAAAAUAGGUUGUUUCAAGGGGAGAGUUAACUGCCAAGGCAGUCAAGUUAUUUGUAUUUGAUGUCAGAAGCCAAUAAAUUAUGACCGUUAUAGUGGUAA